AUGAAAGCAGUCAUUGCUCAGAACAAGGCCCCCGUCCUGGUGACGGACCGACCGCAACCCAAAUUACGACCCGAGUAUGUUCUCAUCCGUCCGGUCGCCGUUGCUCUUAACCCAACGGACUGGAAACAUGCCGCUAUGGGCAUUGCCGACGAUGGAAACCUGCUGGGCUGCGACUUUGCCGGUGUCGUCGUGGAAGUAGGUUCGGCUGUGACGAAGCCUCUGAAAGCUGGCGAUGAGGUCCUGGGCGUCGCGCAUGGCGGCUGCCCCGAGCAGCCCGAGGAUGGCGCCUUUGCAGAGUACAUUGUUGCCAAAGGCGACACCUUGAUUCGGAAACCGGCGAGCCUGAGCUUCGAGAAAGCGGCAACUCUCAGCUUAGGUGCCAUUACUUGUGGUCAGGGUCUCUUUCAAAAAGGCUUGAAGUUGAAGCUCCCUGGUGAAGGUGGUGUCCAGGGGAAGCCGUUUGUAUUGAUCUAUGGAGGCACCACGGCGACAGGAUCCCUUGGUAUCCAAUUCGCGACAUUGGCCGGUUACUCUGUGGUUACCACGACUUCGAAAGCCAAUAUCCAGCGCGUCAAAGACCUCGGAGCUGUCGAGGCCUUUGAUUACAACGAGGCUGGUGUCGGAAGCAAAAUCCGGGAUUACACCCAAAACGGUCUCAAAUACGCGUGGGACACAUUUGGCAAGGAACAGUCUUCCCAGGUGUGUGCCGACGCGCUCUCGUCCGAAGUUGGUGGAGUCUACGCUUGUAUACUCCCGACCAAAUCACCCCGAACGGACAUCCCAUCAAUCAGCACCGUCAUGUACACCAUGUUCGGGGAGAAAUUCUCCAUGAAGGGCAACGUGUUCCCUCCCUCAGCAGAGGAUUGGGAGUUUGCGAAGAAGUUCAUGAAUUUAACCGAGCAAUUAAUUGCUGAGGAGAAGUUGAAGACACACCCAGAGGUUGUUGGCCAUAAUGGCUUGCAAGGUGUAGUGGAAGGACUAGCCUCUUUGAAGGCCGGUGAGGUUAGGGCAAAGAAGUUGGUCUAUCGCGUGGCAGAGACUCCUUAG